AUGGGUUGUCCUUCGCUAUACUUUAGACAAAUAGCGUGCCGUGAGUCAUUUGUAGUGAGUUUCAGUGUUGAUAUAGGAGAAGAGUUAAAAAUGGGAUUAGAGAAUGAGUCAACAUUCAUAUCAGCUGGUAGGAGAGUUUCUGAAAAGUUGUUUAAAGGUGUAGGAGUCAUAAUAGGGAGAGUUUCGUUGCCAAAAGUAGAACCAGAGGUUUCACUUUCAUUAGUAGAGUUAUUUCAUCUUUUUCGUUUGUUUUUUGGUAGUUUAGAAAAGAGUUUUUAA